AUGCAUCGACCAGGUAACCGCCUGAGUUCCCGAGAGCCAGACGGUGUGUUUACAUCGCGUGCAGGUCAACCUCCUCAGCGUCCGCCAAGUCUCGGUCCCAACCCUGCGCUCGGCGGACCAUACCGCGGGCCCUAUCCAGGAUUUGGCAUUCCCCAACGCAAUGUCAUGCCAGGAUAUCCCAGUCUACCCAAUCAAAGGACAGUCGUGCCCCAACCUUCCCCCAACUUCCUCCAACAGCGCGGCCAGAGCAACUUCCCGUAUACCGCGGGCACCCUCCAGCAACAACAAGCCCAGUCGCAAUCCCAGCAGCAGCUCGCGUCCCAAGGUGCACUUCCGCAUCCCGCUGCACACCAGCAACAGCAGCAAACGCAGAAUCAGGGCUCGGGCGCCAACUCGACGUUACCACCGCACCUCGCGCAGAACGCGGCUCCAAGUAGCCUUGCGCCAUCUGUGUCCUCUCAAAGUGAGCUUGGCCUCGACCCGAAUGACUUCCCGGCACUCGGUGCCGCACCUGCGAGCAGUACACCUGCAGCGACGAAUGCGAACGCGACGAGCUAUGCGAGCCAGGCGGGGACAGGAGCGGGCGGCAACGGGGCUCAGGCGGGGAGCGGGCUGGGCGCGAAUCAGCAGCGAGAGUUGACGGCGGAGGAUUUCCCUGCAUUAGGUGGGCAGAGCCAGACGACCCAGCAACAGACAGUGGCAUCGCAGCAAACCCCCGCAGACGGCCAUCCUCCAGGGUUGAACGGCUUCCAGCAAUCCGCGGACCCGCAACAACGACAGAGUCUGCUAGGAUCUCUAACGGCAGGGGCGCAACAGCAGUCUCAGCAGCAGCCGGGCUUGUUGAAUUUAGGGCAGCAGGCGAGGAAUGUGCAUCCCGGGUUCCAGUCAGAUGCGGACAAGCAGCGGAAUUUCGGAUUGAAGAAUAAUCAUGCGGGCGCAGCGGCAGCAUGGAAUUCACCGAAUGUCAAUCCGAGUGCGCAGCAGCCGGGCUCGUUCCCGAAUGGCCAGCAAAACCAUACACAGGCACAGGCUUCCUCGCAGCAGCCGCCACAACCGCCAACACAACAGCACUUGAACGCACCUCCAGGUGUCCCGCCCCCUCCUUCCUUCCCGCAGCAGCCUACGCCCGCGCAGCAGACACCUUACAUUGCGAACGGCACUGUUGCCGACACCCCACACCAUCCAUCGCAAGGACCUGCGCACGCAAGCGCAGUACCGCAAACACCCGCACAGCAAGUACUCAUGUCGCCUGCAGAUCGAUGGGGUCUCCUUGGGUUACUUGCGCUGAUCAAGAGCGCGGACCCCGACCAGAGUCUACUAGCAAUAGGCACGGAUCUUGGGACGAUGGGGCUGGACAUGCAGAAUCCUGGAAGCCUGUACUCCACGUUCAUCACUCCAUGGGCAGACUCGUCCGCUGCGCAUACGGUCGAGCCGGACUUCCACCUACCAGCGUGCUAUAAUGUUCAGCCGCCCCCGCCAGGACCCAACAAGGCGGCCGCGUUCAGCGAUGAGACACUCUUCUUCAUGUUCUACUCAUCUCCUAGAGACGCGCUUCAGGAGAUCGCUGCGCAGGAGCUGUUCAAUCGCAAUUGGCGGUACCACAAGGAUCUGCGUCUCUGGAUCACGAAGGAGAGCGGCACGCAGCCCUCGCAGAAAGUUCCUGGCGGCGAGCAGGGGAGGUACUCGUUCUGGGACCCCGAGAUGUGGGAGAAGUCGCAGAAGGAGAUGACAGUGCUCUACUCGGAUCUCGAGGAGAAACACCCUGUCUUCGCCCCAACCCAGACAUUGCAGCUCAACGCAGGCGCGACGCAGUCCCACCCGACCCCGCAGCCGGCGCGCGUCGGGCAGGCCUUCCAGGGCAUCAGCAUGAGCGCGAUGUGAUUGGGAUGCGCAACGACAAGCUACAUAGCAAAACGCGCGAGUCCCAUUCACAUUAUUCGCCUCAACGAGAAUUCGGACAGAAACAGUUUCCUCCCCCAUCCGGUUCGCCCUUGCCCGUAUACUCCAUCUGCCGUCGCUCCAUCGUCUCUUCUGUUUCUCCGUGCCAUUGCCACCGCUCCCCCUCUUGCCAUCGUGUCGGUGCUGUUUCUCCGUUUCCCCAUCAUCGAGCUACCAUACGCUUGUAUCUGUAAACCACUCUGUUUGAAUCAUAUCACCCGUCUAUUGGC